CAAGGAGACAAAUGUGACAACUUAUUGCAGUCUGACUGAAAACAAUGUGGAAAAAUAUAUGGAAUAAGGUGUUCAUGGUCCUGAUAGUGGGGAACCUGUUUAUGCCCACUGACACAAAGUACAACAGUAGAGAAGGAAAGUCUCGGAGACGGAAACUGGAGUCUCAUCCUCGCCGGAAUGCCUCGUCUAUCAGUAUAUCCCCAGAUCCAAUGAUGACAGGUCCAGAAUCAGGAGUGAUGCCUGGUGCUGUUGAAAUUGACUUUGACAAGAGUAUCGAGGACAUGGUGUCUCAGGUCCGAAACAAUCCCAACUUAUCCAUAAACAAAUGUGUGGUGGAUCGCAAACUUUGGAUGUCAAACAGUCGCAGCCUUUCUCCCUGGUCCUACAGAUUGAGAGACCUCAAAGCCCUGUUUAAUUAG